AUGAGAACUAAGUCUAUUGCAACUUCCGUCAGAAGGUUUACAAAGAUUUUCUACCAUAAUAUGUGGUAUUAUCGAUCCUGGGCGAUUUGCGGUGACUAUUUUGUUUGGAUGGGAGAAGACCAUCUUAAUAUCCAACGUAUCUUCAAUGUGGGGGACGAUGAUAUACAACCUAUACGAAGCUAUCGAUUACGAGAGAAAUACUUCACUUCUUCGACUUCUUCGACUUCUUCGAAUACACAAGAGGCAAUACGGCCUGAAAGCUGCGGUAUUGGGAGUGAAGGAGAGCCUCUUCUUGCAUUAAUGGUGUAUCAAAGGUCCACUGAUAAUUACCCCGCAUGGAAGCUAGGUGGAAAGGUAGUUGUCGUCAAUGUGGUUACUGGGAAACGCUUGUGGUCUCACGAAACACCACGAGAUGCAUCACAGAUUUAUACUAUUCCCACCCUGCGGCAGUACGUCUUGAAUGCUAAUAUCUUCGUAUGGUCAUACAAAACACUGCACCCCGAGGUCUCAUCGCUUGAGAUAAGGGAUAUUCGGACUGGAGAAAUAUUACUGCAAGUUGAUGGGCUUGCGCCAAUAGUGCAUAGAGGAGGCCCGGAAAACCGCACCUGCAAUUCCCAUGCUGGUAUUUGGGCCCAUCCGCGUCGAAAUUUAAUAUUCUGCAUACUUGGACAACAAACCCCAAAGCGUAUGGGAAUUAUCUGUGCAGACACAGGCAAUUGGGUAGCCAUAGCUGAGCUGCCCGUGACACAAUUGAGAGAAUGCCCCACUUGUCAUAGCCCCGCCAGCAGAUUCAACACUAAUAUCCUUCCUCAUGGGCCAUUUCGAGUCAACUCAUUAUUCGGAUGCGUGAUGUUUGAGGAAUCGGCUCCAAAAGAUCCCGAUGCUCUUGAAAACUUUUACAUCCGCGAAUAUAAUUUUGUGCCGUUUUGUAGCCGGUACCCUUGCCCAAUACCGGAACAUGCGCCAAUUUAUACUUUCAAACUUCCGUCUCAAGAAGAGCUUCAGACGAAGGAUAUUAAAGACAUCUUGGGAGCCCCAAGUCUUUUACUUGAAAAAAUUGAGGUUUUCAAUAUUGAUCACUUCUUCCAAAUCGAGCACGAAACAGAAAUGAACGAGCUUAUGCCAUUUGGUUUCGGAAGAAGGCCUUAUGUAACUAUCAACCCAACAACCAAAGCGGUAUGCAGAAUAGCAUUUGAUCAUGAUAACGAAGUAAAUCUUCUCCACGUUAACCUGAAGCUGGAGCCCGGAAUGGACGUUUUGACUGAGCAUAAAUCAACGUUUUACUCGCCACAAUCAACUACUAUGAAAAAGCUUGUAACGAGGCCUCAAAGAUAUCUCCAAUACGUGAAAGGGGAGAAAUGGGUCAAGUGUAGGUUUGCGAAUAUGAAGGUCGAAGCAUUGAACAACAAAUACCACGUUUAUUCAAGCAAAAAAGCUAUUAUCCUAUUGAUGUAUGAGCCCAAAUGGUAG